UCCUCAAUUCCUCCAAAGGACCAAAGCCAAGCAGUUUUAUCCUUAGGAGGGUCAUAAAAACUGCUUGUGCCGCAACAGCUGCAGAUUCUCUCUCUCUCUCUCUCUCUCUCAGAAUAAAAUAGAAGGAAAAUCCAAUUCCGAAAAUUUUCCUUUUGGGAGAAGAUGGAAAACUUAACGUUAAUUAUAGUUUAAAAUAAAAUAAAAAAAUUUGAAUUUCUCGUUUUGGUGUUCGAAUUUGCUCAUUUCAGUUGUUUUUUUUUUUUAGUUUCUAGGUAAUUAGGUUUGGUAAUUUAUUGUUGUUUUUUCAUCAGCCGCCGAUUUUCUUCCUCAAAUUUUAAUUCGCUCCAAAAUUCAUCAUCUUUUUUCUCUCUCUAACAUUAUCGAUUGUUCGCUGGUUACAAAUCCAUGAAUCGAUCGUUUGAAACCCAACUGGAUUCUGAUUCUUCGAUUGUUUUGGGUUGUAUUCCGGUGACAUCUUACAGAUGGUUCCGGCGUACCCGUCUCUCAGGGGUCGGAUUUCUCGACGAUUUGAACUAAAAGCAGUACCCUUUUUCGUCAUCUGGUUCAUGUUCGUUGAUCCGCGUGCUUUCGAUUUCUUCAAAAUGCUGUUGAGAUCUUAGAAGGUGAACCUGAAGGUGAAUACUAGGUUUUUUUUCUUUUCGUUUUGGUGGUUUCUGGCUGAUGUUCUUCAAUUGCGGGCGAUCAUCCUCAAUUUUUUUUCUUCUUCUUUUCCAGUGUACUGAUACUAUAGUUUGAUUGGUUAAUUGAUUCCUGGCUCCGGUAUUUGAAAUUUUAAAUUUGAUACACAGGAAGGUAAGAAGAUCUAGGGUUAGGGUCUAUCCUGAUCAUUAUCAUCAGAAGGGUGAAAUGUUCAAUAAAAUCAUAAAGCGUGGGCAUCGUAAGGUCUCCAAGUCCGAUCUCCAAGAGCCUGCUGUAUAUGGUCAUGGUGCCUCGGCGUAUCGCAAUUCGGCAUCGGUCUCCACAUCGAACGUAACUGUGAACCAUGCCUCUCGACCCACCAGUGCUACCUCCAGUCCCAAUUCUCAGCAAAAUGCCGGAGCAGCUGCGAAUUCGCUUUUUCCGAUUGGGCUGUCGGCGGGUAUCGUUGAAGCUCUUCCCAUGUUCAGAGAUGUUCCCGCCCACGAUCGCCCUAGUUUGUUCCUCCGAAAGUUGCAGCUUUGUUGCAUCAUUUGUGAUUUCUCCGACACAUUGAAAUCAAUUCGGGAGAAGGAGACAAAGCGUCAGACUCUUCUGGAGCUUGUGGAUUUUAUACAAUCGGGUUCCGGCAAACUUAGCGAGAACCUCCAGGAAGAGCUGAUACGGAUGAUUUCGUUCAAUAUCUUCCGUUGCCUGCCGCCAUCUUCGCAUGAGAAUACUGGUGCCGAAGCCACUGACCCAGAUGAGGAGGACCCCUAUCUCGAGCCCGCAUGGCCUCACUUGCAGCUUGUAUAUGAGCUCCUCUUGAGGUACGUUGUGUCGUCUGAUACUGACACUAAGAUCGCUAAACGUUACAUCGAUCAUUCCUUCGUUUUAAAGCUCCUUGAUUUGUUCGACUCCGAGGAUCCCCGUGAGCGGGAGUAUUUGAAGACCGUUCUCCAUCGUAUCUACGGCAAGUUCAUGGUGCACCGUCCUUUCGUAAGGAAGGCUAUAAACAAUAUUUUUUACCGUUUCAUCUUUGAGACGGAGAGACACAGCGGAAUUGGGGAGCUGCUGGAGAUUCUCGGUAGCAUAAUAAAUGGGUUUGCUCUGCCAAUGAAGGAGGAGCAUAAGUUGUUCCUCGUUCGGGCUCUUAUCCCACUCCACAAGCCUAAAUCUAUUGCUUUGUAUCAUCAACAGCUCUCCUACUGCAUUACCCAGUUUGUUGAGAAGGAUUUCAAGCUGGCAGAUAUUGUCCUCAGGGGACUGCUGAAGUACUGGCCGGUAACAAAUUGUCAGAAGGAGGUUCUCUUUCUUGGAGAACUAGAAGAAGUGCUGGAGCUAACGCAGUCAGCCGAAUUUCAACGUUGCGUGGUCCCCCUUUUUAGACAGAUCGGGCGUUGCCUUAACAGCUCACAUUUCCAGGUAGCAGAGCGAGCCCUUUUCUUGUGGAACAAUGACCACAUAGUGAGCUUGAUUGCACAGAACCGUAGUGUGAUAUUCCCAAUAAUUUUUGAGGCGCUGGAGAACAACAUAAAGAGCCAUUGGAACCAGGCAGUUCAUGGGCUAACAGCCAAUGUACGGAAGAUGUUCUUGGAGAUGGAUAAUGAACUGUUUGAAGAGUGCCAGAGGCAGUACCAAGAGAAAGUGGCCAAUGCCAAAGAAUUGGAAGAACAGCGAGAGUUAACAUGGAAGAGACUGGAAGCUGUUGCAGCAAAGGCUGGAUGUGAAGACAUGGUUUUGGUGAACUGAUUGAGUUGGGUGCCCCAUCGAUUAGAUUGGAUAAAUGGGUAGAUGCUACUAGCUUCUUUUCAUGCUAGUUGUUGUUAUUUUUAUUUUUAUUUUUUGAAAAUAUUUUUUUUUAGGGUUGGGGGAGGAUGCAUUGAAUAUAUGAAGGCAGAUAAUGACUAGUGUAAUGUAAUCUAAAAAUGUAUCAAAAUAUGUGGAUAAUAUGCUCUGCAGAUUAUUAAUGCUUGUUGAGAUUUCCAGUAAAUUUUGUUGAUUCCCAGAA